AUGCCCCCAACCGGGUCAAAGUGGUAUCGAUGGAUUGCUGAUACAUCUCUCCCCAACUUAUAUGCCACUUCAGCCGCUAUAAUCAUAGCAAUUUGCUUGAUCUAUUGGCUUGCACGAGAUGUGUGGCUCUGGGUGUGGAAAAGACGCUAUGUGAUCACCUGUCGCCCCUUCCGAUCGAAAACGAUAGGCUCUUGGAGGCGACUUGUCUUCGUCCACCUGCCAAAAUGCCUGCGUUGGCUUGACAUUCCCAACUACCGGGAAGCGCUCAUCCUGACUGUUAUACUCGCGGCAAACAUUAUUGGCCUCCGGCUUAGAGCCCAUUCUUGGGCCGAAGCGCAGAAAAGGGCUGGCUCUUUGGCAGUCAUCAACGUCGUGCCUUUGUGCACCGGUAUCAGCUUUGGACUUCCGGCGGACCUGCUCCACGUGGACCGCCAGAUACUUGCGUGGUUUCAUCGCUGGAUAGGUCGCAUCUGUGUGCUCCAUUCUCUGAUUCACUGUUCGCUGCUUCUUACUGUCGCCAGAACGAUGAAUCUGGCGACCCCACGGUACAUUGUACCAAUAGCCGCCGGUUGUGCUCUCUUCCUCGUGAUACCAGUUACUUGUGCGGCGGUCCAACGGCGAUACUUACAGUUUGCGAUGAAAUGUCACUACCUUCUUGCAGCAACGGCGAUUGGCGCGCUUAUAUACCAUCUCGUGGAGCGGCGGUCACUGUAUCGGUGGUACCUAAUAGGCGCUAUCUGCCUGUGGUUUUUCAUCAGCGCUGUUGUCUGCAUAAUGGCCGCAUGGAAUCAGAAACCUUGGGGAUCUUCCCAAAAAGAGGUAGUCAUGAACUCGGUGAGCGAUUUUCUCUGGCUAGAUAUAGAGCUACCCCUCAACCGAGCGAUCUGCCCUGGCCAGUACGUGCAGCUUUGGAUGCCACGAGCCGGCUUUCGGGCUUUCUUUCAGCUCCCUCGGUUCUAUGUUGCAUUCUGGGAAAAUGGACCAACUCAAAGAAUAGUCCGCAUGGUAGUAGAGCCGCAACCCGGGCUUACGCAAAAGCUGUAUCACGAAGCACUGAAAUCCCCGGCCAAGCAUUCGGUUAUGAUACUCGGACCCUACGGACACCCUCUCGACUUUUACCGGUUCGGUACAAUCCUCUUCGUCGUGGAGGAUAUUGGAUUUUUUCGAGCGCUUUCAUACAUUGAGAUGUUGGUGGAGGCAAGCCGUAGGCGCGAAGUGAUGGUGCGAAAGCUAGAGGUUCUCUGGAAGCGCCAAGUUGGUAAAGAUGAGAAUCCACAAUGGGUAAAUGAAUGGAUACAAGGACUUUUCAAUCGCGACUGGAGAGCGUUCAAGAUUUUGCAACUCAGCAUCUACUGCCCGCGUACUCAGGCAGGACCCCAGAAUAAUAUUUCCUACGAAUAUACAGAAAGGAUUUGCUACUUUUAUGGCGCGAUCAAAAUCGAGGAAGAAGUUAAACGGUAUCUCAAUAACCACCAAUACGGAGCUGUGGCCGUAGCGGUAUGUGCGGGUCCGUCAAUAUGUGCGGCUGUGACAAAGACUGUACGGCUACACACAGGAAGAAAUCUUCAGCUAAUGGUUUUCGACCCCGAUAUGAGCCCUGCGCCGGAUGGAGUUGUAGAUUCCUUCGGCAGCGACGAGACUCCAGUUGACCAGGAUCCACCACAUCAACUUUUGGGAGUAGGCGAGGAUAAGCAGACCCACCAAGUACAACGAUUCCCAACAGACAGCAGCAAGCUACAGUACUCAUCGCCUAAAAAAAUCCAUACGGAAGCUGGAAACGUCGAAAUGAGCAACCACUCGAACCGGUCCGCCUUCGCGACUCGGCCGAAGUGUAUUGCCAAUAAUGGGGGGCCUUGGAACGUCCCGGUCAGGGCGUGGAUAGUUGGUAUCAGCGAAAGUAAGCCCAACGAGACACAACUGUACGCGAAGCGGUACCGCGCUGCACAGAUAGCCGUCUUACCUAACAACCCACCGACGGCUACUGGGAUCCUAGACUAG